AUGUUACCUCGUCAGUACAAGCUGAUGAUACUAGAAGAAACAUCUUCAGUUCUUGGUGUACUAGAUUCAACUGCUGGUAAAGUACGAGGUAAUCGACCAUGUCCAAAUGGGGAGUGGUUAUUACGAGUUGAUACUCCUCAUCACAGGGCCGAAUUUAAUCAUAUAAAUAUUAAUCCACGAUUGACCAACGUUCCAGAUCCUCAUGUUCAAAUUCCGCAAAGUGUAGUCACAAUUAGUAAAGAAGUAGCAAAAACAGCUAAAUUUAUGGAAAAAGUCAACAAAGUUGCCCUUCCAGUGGCUAUGGCACUGGAUACUAUACGAUUUAGUUGUGCUAUUUAUGAUGACAGCAAACGGGGCGAUAAAAAGCAAAAACAAACGAAAUUAACUGUUACUUCUAUUGUUGGUGGAUGGAUUGAUGGUGUUGCUGGAACAUAUGCAGGAACGGAAGUUAGUGAAGUCAUUGGAGGUCAUGUAGGUGCACUUUUCGGUGGUGUUGGUGCUAUUCCUGAAUAUUUUACACUCAACAUGGAAUUGGAACUUGUCGUUUCUUCGAAACACUGGAUUAUCAAACCUGGUUUUUCUAAAACGGUUUACGAACCUGCUUUGGUGAACACUUGGGAAAAUACAAUGAAAGAUAUUUUAAUAUUACACCUAGUCCACCAUCCUAUGCUUCUUAUAGCACCUCAUCCAUUGACUUCUCUUGAAGGUGUUCUGUCGAAUGCCGAAACAAUUAAAUUUCAUAAGAAUAUCGAAUAUUCGAUCAUUGUUUUACAUCCUGGAAAUGUACAUGACAAAGAACUGCUUACAACUGCAAUGGAUAGUAUUGAAUUCGAAUGUGCAGGUUUAUGGUUUGUUGUAUACAAUCAACCUUUGCCUAUUUCCACAGAUUUCAUAUUAAAAACACUCAAACUUAUUCGUGAAAGUAAUCAUUUCAUUUCAUUAUCUGAUAUUGAUGUGGAAUUAUUAGCAUGUGUUGCAGAUGGCCAAGAAUUAUUGUGGUUGAAUCCUGGAUCAGAAAUUUCAAUAAAUGAAAUUUUAUAUUUAUUGAAAUUACAUAAAUGGGAAGUAUCAAUGGAAGGAACUAUUGAACAAUAA